AGCCUGGAGUGGCACUGAGCAUGGGCGAAGCCAUCUGGCUCACUGUGCUGUGCGCUAAAUGAAACAACAAAGCCAGGAGGGGCAGCCAGCCGACAACCCUUUUGUUUUUUUCCACUGAGCAUCCUUGGUCCCCCUUUUUGUCUGCUCCCCUGUGGAGAGAGGCCAGCCAUCCCUAGCCCUGAUCCCUGGCACCCAGCAGCACUUCCUCCCCAGCCUGGACCAGCCUGGCAGCCUCCCAGGGCCUUUGUGGUUGCGGGGACUUGGCCAAAGGAAUCACCGGCCGGCAGCGUUUGGAGCAGCACCCGAGCCCCUGCUGCACAGCGCUGACGUAACCACGGUGCUGGCUGCCUUUUAGAGGCCAGGGACUCGGUUGCCUGGAAACAGCAGAAGAUACUCUCCAGCCCGGAUCUCAGCCCUGACGUCAAGGCCUGACGCUGCCUGGAUGCCUGGCUCGCUCUUUCCAGGCCGCCUGGUGUCAUGGAGGGGAGAGGCCUAGCCUGACAGAGGAGUGCCCGGGAACCACAAAGCAAAUGGACAUCAAAGGCCAGUACUGGACUGACGAUGAUUCGGAUGGAGACAAUGAGUCAGAAGAAUUCCUCUAUGGAGUCCAGGGGACCUGCGCGGCGGAUCUGUAUCGACACCCGCAGCUGGAUGCUGACAUUGAGGCGGUGAAGGAGAUCUACAGUGAGAACUCUGUGUCUGUCAGAGAAUAUGGGACCAUUGAUGACGUGGACAUCGACCUCCACGUCAAUAUCAGCUUCCUGGAUGAGGAGGUGUCGACGGCCUGGAAGGUACUACGGACUGAACCCAUUGUCCUGAGGCUGCGGUUCUCCCUCUCCCAGUACCUGGAUGGACCCGAGCCAUCGAUCGAGGUUUUCCAGCCGUCUAAUAAGGAGGGGUUUGGAUUGGGUCUUCAGCUGAAAAAGAUCCUGGGAAUGUUCACAUCCCAGCAAUGGAAACACCUCAGCAACGAUUUCCUGAAGACCCAGCAGGAGAAGCGGCACAGCUGGUUCAAGUCGAGUGGCACUAUCAAGAAAUUCCGAGCGGGCCUCAGCAUCUUCUCUCCCAUCCCCAAGUCUCCCAGCUUCCCCAUCAUCCAGGACUCCAUGCUGAAGGGCAAGCUGGGGGUGCCAGAGCUCCGCGUCAAUCGCCUCAUGAACCGUUCCAUCUCCUGCACCAUGAAGAACCCUAAGGUGGAGGUGUUCGGCUACCCCCCCAGCACCCAGGCAGGUGUCGCCCCAUUCAACAUCCUGGUCGGCGGCCAUUGCAAGAACAUCCCCACACUGGAAUAUGGAUUUCUCGUCCAGAUAAUGAAGUAUGCAGAGCAGCGGAUCCCCACCCUGAACGAAUACUGUGUGGUAUGCGACGAGCAGCACGUCUUCCAGAAUGGAUCCAUGCUCAAGCCGGCUGUGUGCACGCGGGAGCUGUGCGUCUUCUCCUUCUACACCCUGGGGGUGAUGUCUGGUGCAGCGGAGGAGGUGGCCACGGGAGCAGAGGUGGUGGAUCUGCUUGUGGCUAUGUGUCGGGCUGCCCUGGAGUCCCCACGCAAAAGCAUCAUCUUCGAACCGUAUCCCUCUGUGGUGGACCCCAGCGACCCCAAAACACUUGCCUUUAACCCCAAGAAGAAGAACUAUGAGCGUCUGCAGAAGGCCCUGGACAGCGUGAUGUCAAUCCGGGAAAUGACCCAGGGCUCGUAUCUGGAAAUCAAGAAGCAGAUGGACAAACUGGACCCUCUGGCACACCCUCUCCUGCAAUGGAUAAUCUCCAGUAACAGAUCUCACAUUGUCAAGCUGCCUCUCAGCAGGGUACGUGGCCGCUCCCCUUUCAGGCAGCUGAAAUUCAUGCACACCUCACACCAGUUCCUUCUGCUGAGCAGCCCCCCGGCCAAGGAAGCCCGGUUCCGCACAGCCAAGAAACUCUACGGGAGCACCUUCGCUUUUCAUGGAUCUCACAUUGAGAACUGGCAUUCCAUCCUACGCAACGGGCUGGUCAAUGCGUCCUACACCAAACUGCAGCUGCAUGGAGCAGCCUAUGGCAAAGGCAUCUAUCUGAGCCCCAUCUCCAGUAUUUCCUUUGGAUACUCAGGGAUGGGGAAAGGACAGCACAGGAUGCCCUCAAAGGAUGAGCUCGUCCAGAGAUAUAACCGAAUGAACACCAUCCCUCAGGUAACCGGCGGUAUUGCUUGCUGGGCCUUGUCCCUGGAACCCCAGCCAUGCACAGCCUCUGUUUGUCCUUCUACCCUCACAUCAGCCACAGGGACUCGAUCCAUCCAGUCCCGGUUCCUGCAGAGUCGGAAUCUAAACUGUAUAGCACUUUGUGAAGUGAUCACCUCGAAGGAUCUCCAGAAGCACGGGAACAUCUGGGUGUGCCCGGUCUCGGACCAUGUCUGCACCCGCUUCUUCUUUGUGUACGAAGAUGGACAAGUAGGAGACGCCAAUAUAAACACUCAGGACCCCAAGAUCCAGAAGGAAAUCAUGCGCGUGAUUGGAACUCAGGUCUACACAAACUAAGGGGCGCCUGCGGAGCCCACACUAUUCACACGGGGAGCCGCUCCCCCUGGCACAGGCAGAGAGGAGCCGGGUGUCCGAGGCUGCCAAAAGGAGCAAUGAAAACACUGGCUUCAGGAAGGAAACAGACAGGUGUGGGGGUGGAGUGAGGGCCUCAGCAUCCUCCUGGGAGCAGGACUCUGCCGCUUCAGCCAGCACCACAUCUGGAGGACAAUGGCUCUGUUGCCAUAUCUGGGAAGCAGAGGUGCGACUGUGGGUCAGGUUUCCCAGCUGGUUCCCUGCUGUCUGUGCAUAGAUGUAUAGCAGAGGACGCGGCCAGGGCGGGCUUGUUGAUAUUUUCCCAUUCUCCCCCCGCCCUGAUCUCCCUGUAUCCCAGCACUGAGCAGGAGCCAUGGGCACGUCCUGCCUCAUGUGCCUGCCCUUGGACCUGGGCGUUGCCCCUGGGCACGUGGCCGUUCUCAAGUUUACAGCAAUGACAUUUUUAACAACAAUAAAAACAAAGCAAAAAAAAAAAGGUUUUAGCUUAUUAAAGUUCUUUAAAAAACUG